AUGGAUUUGGUAUUAACCGGAUUACAGGGAGAAGAGCUAUUUGUUUAUAUGGAUGAUAUUGUUAUUUACGCCGCCUCACUAGACGAACACGAAAGGAAGUAUAAUUUGUUAAUAGAACGGUUGCGCAAGGCUGAUUUAAAAUUACAACCUGACAAAUGUGAGUUUUUGAAAACCGAAGUUACUUAUUUAGGGCACGUAAUCAGUAAAGAUGGAGUUAAACCCGAUCCAAAGAAAUUAGAGGCUGCUGAAGAAGGUUUAGACUCUCCCUCGACUAUGCAAAAGGAUGUAAAUGAACCAACAAAAUCGCCAAUACAAGACCUCUCUAAUAGAAUACAAACUAGAAGCCAAACGAGAAAUAAAAAUAUUCACCAAGGAAAAUUAUUGCAACAAUCACAGGAAAAUGAAGACGAAAUUGAAGAAAUAGAAAACGGAAACGAUCCACCAGACAAGAAAAAUGACUAUGAGGACGACGCAAGCAGUAAAGACGAAAAUCAAGAAUCAAAAGAUAGUGAAACUAACGGAAAUAAAAACUCGGGAGUAAAACCUACCAUCGCCAACAGUGAAACAGUUAAAAGUAACGUAAUUGAUAGUCGUGAUUUACUAUUCCUAUGUAAAGAUAACGUCGCAUACUUUGUAAACACCAAAGGGAAACCACUAGAUUCGGGUUCGCAAAAAUUAUUUGAACGGAACGAAAUUCCAAGCUUGAAUCCUCUUACCUUAGGAGAAGCUAAAGCAGUAAAAUAUAAGAAAUACUAUCACAUAGCCUUGCCUAUCAGUGACGGACAACGCGAGGGACCAACCAUGACUCUCACUCAGAUCUCUGCAGCAAUCAAGGACUUACGGGUUGCCGCAGAAAACCGGAAUUUAGAAACUCUUAGCAUCGCGAAAAUGGAUUAUGUUAAUAAUGUACCCUGGAGCAAUAUUAAAACCGUAUUGCAAUUAACAUUUGCAGAUUCGCCGAUCAAAUUAAUUAUAUGCAACGGACUAGUUAAAUAUCCACCAAAAGACCUUCGUUCCGCGAUAAUCGGAGAAAUUCACUGCUUACCUGUCCGGGUGGACACAGAGCAAUGUUUGCAAUGUCAAUUAAAAAAGUUAGUACGAGUAAAAACCAAACAACCUAUGAUGAUUACUGACACGCCAGGAUCUUCAUUCGAUAAGGUAGCCAUGGAUAUCGUGGGACCUCUAUCUAAAACCGAGAAAGGAAACGAAUACAUACUUACGUUACAAGAUCAGUUAACUAAAUUUUGCAUGGGUAUACCCCUGCCAAAUCAAACCGCUGAGACCGUAGCAGAAGCCUUUGUCGACAG